GUCACAUAAUUCCGAGAUGCUGUCUAAAAAGACUCUAUUAAAUACUGUAAUAUUAAUAUUCAGAGUUGCAAUUUAGGUAUAAAUGUUGCAAUUGGCCAUGAAUUGUAACAAAUUUGCAACCCACUCAAAACUUGUAGAAAACGCAAUGUUUCUAGAAAGAGGAAAUAAUUGUGUUAAAUAUUAAUGUUACAGGUAAUACUAUCAUGGACAAAUAUUUUAAGCGUAUUAAUAUUUUUACCAAGUUGGAUUUUAAAUAGAAAAUGUUAUACUGUAUCAGCCACUGGUAGUCUAAAUGUCGCAUUUUGUAAUUUACACCGAAACAGCUUCGUUUUCAGGGAGUGUUUGUCUAAAUAAAAGAAUCGAAUAAAAGAAUAACAUAAUCUUUCUUUUACUGAAUAAAAGAAUCGAAUAAUAAUCUUUCUUUUACUAAUCUUUAAUAAUAAUAAUUACAAAAAAAUAUUAAUAUUUUUACUAUUUUUUAAUAAUCUUUCUUUUACUGAAUAAAAGAAUCGAUAAAUACUGUAUAUAACCCGAAAACCUCCAUCAGACUCUGCCUGUCAACCAUUAGUAAUAUCAAAUUUGAUUAAUAAUGUAAUUAAGUUAUUAACAGCGUCGCGUGGCAACGCAGGGCAAGGUAAAAACAAAACGAGCAAAAACAUCGAAAUCAAAAUGUCUAUAUAUUUGCCCCCGAUUGCCAGAAAAAAGAAAGUAGAAAGGGUAUUUAGGUGAGUGAAGUUUGUAUUUCUGCGGGAGCACGUGUGUUUCGUUUGUAAUAUUAUGACCAGUUUACGUCUGUUCACUUUUGUUUAUGUUGUGACAUGCUGUGCGAUAAAUAUUUAUUAUGAGCAUUGAUCACUUUAUCAAAGAUUCUGUAAAAUUCCGUCUGCAAAAUUCUUCGCUAUUUCCGAUUCAUUCGCAGCUAUACUUUACGUUAUACUUCAGAAAAUCGAUGCAGAUUAUUAAACUCACUAAUGGCCAACACUUUGAGUAAAAUUCCUGGCAUUCAACAGAGCUAGCUAGUAAAAUUUAUAACAAAGCAUAAUAGGGCACAUUUUGACAUUGCAGCUUAAUGGAUUAAAAUUUAAACUCUAACAUUUAGUAUAGCCAAUCUGAUAUUUGUACUGCACCUACAUCAGCUGUUUGCAAGUCAAUAAUUAUAAUGCCCUUAUUGAGUGUUUUACCUUUCUUACAGUGAUAGCAAGACUAAAUUAUUUAGCACAGACUCUAAAAAUGCAAUAACCUCGACACGGUCAAUAUACCAACAAGAUUUUCUAAAGUACGCCACCCCACCAGCAGAAUUACGAGUCACCUCUCCCGGUCGACGCAACAAACCCCAACCAACUUCUGUGACAUUUAACUGGAAGAACUCUAGAUCGUUGUGCGAGCCAGUUUGCUGUGUGGCAACAGAGGUGGUUAAAAAUAAACAGGCAAAUUGGUGGCCGGAUAAAAUACCUAAAGAUGAAAAACCACAACCUUGCUAUUCUCUGGAUUCGACGUCUCGUUCAGAUUAUAAACCUAUAAACAUUGCUGAAUAUGUUAAGAAUUGUCGAGUGGAAACACAACAUUUAGUGAAGACUAGAAAAGCACAAGCAACUGGUCGUGAAAGGAUUUCAUACAAACACAAGUACAAUUCCAGGUUGCCAAACAAUCAGCCUGAACGAGGCAAGCUACAUGGAAGCUUUAUUAAUGGUGAAUGUUUUACAUAGAAAGGAGUGAGGGUGAUGUGGGUUUCCACUAACUGAUGAUCAAUAUAUUGUAGAAAUUUAAUGAAAUAUUUGUAUAUUUUUGGUAGUAGAAGCUUACUACUAAAACAAUAUUCUGAAGCAAAGUGUUCUGAUUUCUAUUUCAUGUUCAGCCAGCUAUCUUCUUCUAGUUUUCUUUGGGACUGAUCCUCCCCACAGCAGCACUCACAAUGCAUAUUUCCACACAAUAUAUAGCCUUUGUUCUUGUACCAUGUACACAAACUGAACAAGAUACAAUAAACUGCCAUAGUUUUGUGCCUGAACAACAUAAAAGAUUAAAUGCAAAUUGAUGUUUUGGACGAAGACAGAUUAAGAUACCAACCAAAGCAGCUUGUUGUAGAAUAAUAGAGGAUUAAGAUACUAAAUUAAUUACUAACAUGUACAGGUAGUGUCAUAUUGUUUUGCAAUUUUCAUCAACGAGGCCCUGUUACGGUAAAUUGACAGGCGACAUUCCCUUGAAAUAGGGACAAUUCCGAAAGUGACACAAAAAUGUUUUCAAGCAGUGGGUUUUGAAAAUCAGAUGAGCGACAUGCACGUUCACCCUAACAGGACCUCACCAAUGUCUGUGUGUUUACUAGUAAUUACCAUCACAUUGUUUCUCAGUAGACCACAUGGUCUAUCAAAAAAAUCCAGAAAGAGUAUGAUCGGACAAGUGACAACAGCAAAAACUAAUGGGACGUUCCAGAAAAGAUCCACACUCCCCCUACAGAGGAAAUUUCUGCUGUCCGGAAGGGGAGAAAAAUUGUUUCUGAUAAUAGUAAGUGUAUUAGGGCAUCCGAAGGGGGUAGGGGGUUAACUUCCAAUUUCCUCUGUGGCGGAGGUAUGGAUGUUUUCUGGAAUGACCCAAUGGACCCAUUUAAAUCGAUACAUUCUUUUCUUUGUCCAGUCUUGGUAUUAUUUCAAAAUGUUUUAAUGAAGGGUAGUUUUACUGCAAACAACAAAUUAAUAUUUCAUAUUAUCCAGACUUGGCUUUAGCACCGCUCCACACAAAAUCACUAAAUUUCUCACCAACCAAAUAGAAGACAAAAGUCAAAGCCCCGGACGCCACCAAAAACAGGAGAACACCAAAUAUCGACAUCUUUGAGAGAAACGGAUAUACCCAGAUAUUUGCACGGUAUGCGAUCCAGAAUAACCAGCCGACGUAAAGACCACUGACUAGCAGCAGGCCGAUAAAAGCAAAUAUCUUCCUAGGGUAUGUGUGUUGUAUCACAUAUGCCUGAAUAAAAACUGUUACUAUAGGUAAGGUAUGGUAACCAUGGUUCAUCCAGAAUGGACAUAAUUUGUCUUCCUCUGGUGUCCUCAUGAAGGUCGGAUUUGCGGUGUAGAGUAUCCAGAACAUUGUACAGACAAACGUAGCCAAUGGAAACACGAUGACAGUGAAGAAAUAAUCACGGAUGCUUUUCCAAAGAGCGCUGUCUCUUUCCCGCGAGUAUACAAGGAAGUCAAAUAUGGCCGCCAUGUUGUGGUAGAAAAGGCCGAUCAAAAAACUCCAAAACGUCAGGUAUUUAAACCUUCCCGAGUAAACCCGAUGCGUUGGUAGAUCUAUGUACGCAUAAUCGCAUGUUAGGACGGCAAGGUACAGCAUAAAGCUCACGUAGUGAAGCCAAAAUGAUUGCGAUACUGUUGCCAUUUUUUAGGACAGGAACUUCGGUUACACAAGGCGCGUUUAGUUCAUAAAUUAUUCAAGUAUUAUUCAAAUAUUUCGUCAUAUGUCAAAGUUCAUGUAUAAAUCGGCG